AUGGCUUAUGGGAAACUAAGACAGUCUGCUGCAUCCAGCAUUCUGGUUUUCUACAUUGCUGUCAUCCUCACACAGAUGUACUCAUGUAGAGGAUCUGAACCCGAGAUUUGUCCUGGUGUGGCGUGGCGCAGAAUUAGCAUUAAAAAAAAUGUACUUUACAGCAAUAGAACAUCAGUGUUCACUGAUGAACUGAAGCACGGAAAUAUUUCACUGAAACUCUCCUCAGUGAAACUUUCUGAUCAGGGAACUUACAGAUGCUUCGUUGUAGAGCUGGGUAGAGACUCUCGUAUUCAGCUUGUUGUUGGUGCUGCUUCCUCACUGGUGAACAUAUCAGAGAUCAGCAGAAACAGCAGUGCAGUGGAGUUGGAGUGUGAGUCUGCAGGCUGGUAUCCAGAGCCUGAGGUGUUGUGGCUGGACGGUGAAGGAAACCUCCUCUCUGCUGGACCUACAGAGACAGUCAGAGGUCCUGAUGGCCUCUAUGCUGUCAGCAGCAGAGUGACUGUGGAGAAGAGACACAGCAACAAGUUGACCUGCAGAGUCCAGCAGAACAACAUCAAGCAGAGCAGAGAGACAUGGAUUCAUGUUCCAGAUUAUGUCUUCACUAACCUGCCUUGUCCCAGCUCUAGUUCCAGUUUAUCUAGUUCCAGUUUAGUUGCUGCCACCAUCGGUUUGAUUGUUGGUAUCAUGCUAACUCUUGGAGUCGUCGUCUGUGUGUGGAAAUGGAGACAAAUCAAACUGAAGAAGAUGCAGCACCAGAAGACGAACAGCUCUGGAGGAAAUGGUGCUUUAACAGAGUCUCUGAUUGAAAGAAAGGCAGCAGAAAAUGUGGACAGAAAUCCCUCGAGUGAAAGAACAGGAUCUAACAUUCAGAUAGAAGAUGAAACACACCGGAGUCAAACUAAUAAUCAUCUGACCCAAACACAAGAAGAAACAGAGAAACAGUCUGCAGCUGUAAGAGAAAACACAAGCAGUGUGAUGGAUGAAGAAAGACAACAAGAGCAGCUGACAGAAGUAAGAAAUAUGGAAAAUAAUCUGCAGGCAGAAGAAGGAGAGAAGAAUCUGCAGGAGGUUCAGUCUAAUCUGAACAAAGAGAUGGAAAAAUUGAAGUCAAAGCUACAGCCUAAAGAAAGAAAGGAGAGAGAAUGUGAAAGACUAGCUACUAGACUGAUGGUAAACAAGACAAAACAAGAGGAGCAGAUAAAAGAUCUCAAAAAACAGCUGGAAGAUGUGGAGAGAAAACUUCAGUUAAAGAAGGAAAAGGAAGAAACACAGACAGAAGAAGAUGAGAAAGAUCUGGAGAGGAAGAAAGAAGAACUUCAGAAACAUCUAGAUAGACUAGAGAAGGCUCUGGAAAAAUCUAUUAAAGAAGCGGAUGUUAUGAUACAGAGGAAAAUGAAAGCAGCUAAAGAAAAGGAGGAGAUAAUUAAUAGAUUGGAGAUGAACAGGAGUGAAAAUCAGAGCGAGUCCGAUGAAGAUCUUUGAUGAAACUCAAGUUAAGAUGGAUGGAAACAGGGUUGAUUGUUGUGAACAGGGUUUUUCUUGACUGAUUUUACGUCACUCAAAUAGAAAAGUUGAAUUACUUUUUUUUUUACAUUAUUCUUAUAACAAUUUUAACUUACAAAUCUUAAAUCUUUAAUUUAAUUACAAAGCCAGUGAAAAGUUACAGAAAAAAUAUAUUUAAGAAAUUGGACGACAGAAUCAGAGUGUCAGAGGAUGAUUUUAAUGAAGUGACGAUGAUGAAACUCAAACUAAGAUGAAGGGAAACGACUGAUUUUGGUGACAGAUUUUGUGUCAAGCCAUUUUUUUUUUUUUUUUACAUUCUUGGUUAAAUCUUUUUAUUUACUGCACUGUGGGGAAAAAAUGUCAAAAGUGUGAAAAUGUGGGAGCAACGUUGGAAGAAAAACUGUCAAAAACUGUCUGUAAAAUAAUGUUAGUUUUAUUUUUGCAUAUUUAAAUACAAUGGAACUGUGAUUUUAUAGUUACAGUACACAUUGUGAGAGAUCAAAUCACUAUCUGAACAAAUAUUGAUUUUUGUUGUGGUCGUUGGUUCCAGUUUUGGUCUUUUUUCCCCAUGAAGAUUUCUUUGUGUUUUAGAAGAGUAUUUCUGCUGGUAUUAGUUAGUACUUUGUCUGAUCACGUUUUUGUAGCAUUUUUAAUAAGCUGACAACAAAAAAAACAUACAGAAUGCUACAAUAAGCCUGAUUUAUUGGCAUUUUAAUCACUGAGCUGCUGUUUUUUUUCCACAUUAAAGUUCAUUGUUGACCCUGGAAUUCAA